CGCGGAAAAGUUAGGUAAUUCCGGCCCGGCUGUUGUGGCCGAAGCCUAUGUUCAAAUGGCUCCCCGAGGGGCUGCGCUCUUGGUGGUCCCCAUCUUCCUCUUGCCGCCGGGAAGUGGAGCCUCAGUCGCGGAAAAGACGGUAUCCCAGUACUCAGUUAAACAAAGAAGACCCUGACCAGGAGCAGACGAAACGGCAGAAACUUGGAAUUGUCUGUGCAAUAACGCAAGGGAUUGCCAGUCUACUUAGGCUACCAUCCCAGUUGACGGCUAUGCAUUUUCGGACUGGGAAUCAGCGUGUGGAAACUGCAAAUGAGGUGGUUCUAAAUGCUUCUGAUGCUUUGAACGCUGAGCCACUUGAACCUCCCUCUGGGAUGCAAAGGGUUGAAUCGGAUAAAAAAGUUGUUUAUGGUGCCUGGCGGAAUUCAAAUGAAGAUAUGGCUCCUAAUGGUAGCAGAAUUACACCCUUUCUAAGGAAUGAUUACGGUACCAGAAAGAAUAGCAAGACAAAUAAUAAUACUUCUCCAGAGGCCUUGCCAUCCUGGGGAAUUGCAGUUCACAGAUGUUUGUCAGAUUCUCCUCCUAUAACUGCAGGAAGGCUUUUAAAGAAACCUCACUAUACAGUGGAAGAGGGAGUUCAAAGAAAUGAGAGAGAAAAAUAUAAACAGCUACUUGAACAAGAAAAAGAAAAGAGCCCUAAAAAUGUCUCCAGUCCCAGUGUUACAAAGCACUCAAAAAGCGUCCAACGACGUGCAGGUGGGUUGUUAAUGUCUAGUCACUGUGUCGAAGUGGAUGUCCCUCCAGUUGUGACACCAAGAAAUGGUAUCAGAAGCUUUAAUUCCAUGUGCUCUGCUGAAGAUGUAAGCAGCCCGGUAAUGGUAGCCAAAAGAUCUGCAGAACUUGAAAAGCUUGUAGCACAGAAAAAAGAGUAUGCAAAGCAUCCCUCAGAGAGUGACCUAUCAGAGGAAAUAUUGCUUAGGUUAAACCUGCAUCAUGAAAGUUCUUCAUGUAUGAGAAGCACUCCAGUUGACGUGGAAGAACAGAAGUAUCUGAGUAGGGACAAGACUACGCCGUGCCUUCCUACCCUUUCAGAGGAUAUGGAGAAAGAAAUAGAAAACGUGCUGAGCCAUGGAUCAGAGGAUGAGGUUUUGAGUAGAGCCUUCAAGCUGAAGAUCACACGUGGAGAUAUUCAGACACUAAGAAAUCAGCGCUGGCUUAAUGAUGUGAUCAUUAACUUCUACAUGACUCUUCUGGCAGACCGAAAUAAAAGGCCAGGACUUCCAGUCCUUUACGCUUUCAGUACUUUCUUCUAUCCCAAACUAUGUUCUGAGGGCUAUAAUGCAGUCAGAAAAUGGACAAAAGAAUUAGACUUGUUUCAGUAUGAUAUGAUCUUGGUACCCAUUCAUAUCCAGAUACACUGGGGAUUAGUGGUUAUAGACAUGAGGCGAAAGACAAUCAAAUAUUUUGACUCAAUGGGACACAAUGGCUAUAGGAUCUGUAAGAAUUUGCUACAGUAUCUGCAAGAGGAAAGCAAAGCUAAGAGAAACCUGGAAAUCAAUGUUUCAUCAUGGACGCUUCACAGUAUGAAACCACAUGAAAUUCCUCAGCAGCUGAAUGGCAGUGACUGUGGAAUAUUUGUUUGUAAAUAUGCAGACUUUAUCUCCAGAGAUAAGCCCAUUACAUUUACUCAGCAUCACAUGCCUUAUUUCCGCAGAAGAAUGGUAUGGGAGAUACUUCAUCAGCAGCUGCUAUGACACAAGAUCUCUGACAGAGGUUCACUUGCACAGUGCCCUUGAUGACAGAAGAAGGGCUGUGUUCAGCUGCUAAUACCUUUCAGAGAUGGGUGAUGCUCUGAAGGCUUAGUUGAAAAGCAAGUUUUGCAUGAGCUGAAACUCCCUCCAAAGGAAGUAAAGUAAUGGGUUAAGAAUGGAAUUUAACAAGAUUCAUGGUGCCAGCUUAGUGACAGACUGGCAAAUGGCUAAGAAUAGUACUUUGACAUUUACUAUUGAGUGGCCUUUGGAUUACCUGAAAAGCAUAAAGAAGAGAACAGUAUAUAUAUUUUUCUCUUCACAAGGACUAUACACUACUGUGCCAAGCUACUGGUUCCACCCAUGGUCUUCUCUGAAUCGUUCUUCAGAAACUUGCAGUAGUCCUGCGUGAUCCAUUUCUAUGUUGCUGAGAUGUCCAACUUGUCAAACGGUGAUCAGUAUUUACCACAGUCAAUGUUAAUACUAGCACUUAACCCCAAUUUGCCCAAUUUGGGCACCAUGGCAAGUUGUGAUUUGAAGCACCCAGAAGCAGAGUGUGGAAUUCAUGUGCAAGAGGGGGAGAAGGUAGUAUACAAGCCCCUGGCAUGUUCCCAGUCCUUCAAAUGAAGUGCGUUCUUGUCACUGCAAGGCAGAAAACUAGUUUUGUUUGUUCUAAAACUUACAGUGCAGUCCUAACCAGAGUUGAAAUCAAUGGACUUCGACUGCAUUAACUCUGGUUAGGAUUGCACUGAGAUCGAUAGCUAUUUUGGAACAAUGGGAACUUUUUGAUUUGUAACAAAUCCAUAGAAGCAGCCCUAAAAUGAGGGUCAGUCUUUAUUUAAAAAUCUAUAUAUUGUACGAGUCUUAUUUAUUUGUAAAUUGAUCACUGGCAGGUCAACUGUGAUAGACAGCUAAAUACUGAUGAGUUGUCCUGGUCAUGGAACCUUGAGUGACAGGAAGUUGGAAAAAGGAAAAAAUGCUAUAGGUGGCAGUUGACUGAGAAAGGUUGGCAGUCAAAGUGAGAGGAACACAGCAGUGUAAGAUCGUGAAGGAUUUUGAGUAAGGGAGUGAAUUGAGUGUCCUUCCUUAAGGGAAAUAGUUUCAAAGGAAACCAGGUGAUCCCUUCCUGGUUUGACAGAAGAAAAUGGGAAACUGUGUGUAUAGUUCCUAACUCAACCAACAAUAGAAAUAUUGUUUCCAAGGUUGUGUCUAUUCAACUAAGCAUUGAUUGCCAAGUGUUCUCUAAUUCCAUCUUAAAAGUAUCAAUACCUGUCUGUGAAAUACAACAGCUACAUCCUAAAUACAAAAUAUCUGUUGUUUGUCAAUGUUGUUUAUAAGUAUUUUCUAUCCUCUCUGACAACCCAACGCUACCAUUUCUCCAAGUUAAAAAUAAAAACAGUUUUGAGUUUUUAUUUCA